UCGGAGUCGGCUCUGUGCUGUGUUAUAGUACCAGGUGCUAAUACUACACACAAAGCAGUGGAAGAAGCCUAAUACUGGCGACAGAGAAUCCUGUGUGCUGGUGGAAACCUCGUGUGCUGUUGCAGCCCAUCCAAGUAACAAGAAAUGUCAUCUGAGAAUGUGAAUGUUUAGUUAUUUUUAUUUCCUUUUUGCGCAGAAGCGGUUGGAAGAAAUGCUGCUGAAAGCCUGAAGGGAGAGGGAGGGAAAGAAAUAGGGAAGCUUUUCAGUGUUCGCGUUGAACUGAAUGAGUCCUUCACAGUGACUGCACACAACAUUGCUGAGUGCUCCGGAAUCACCGUGCAAGCAGUUUCCACUCAAUCUAACCUGCAGCUGGUUACAACACUUCAAGCGUACUUGGAUGCUGGUGGAGUCAAGACAUAGCUGAGAAAAUAAAAGCUUUCACCAUGCACGGUUAACAAAAGAGCAGCUGAGGAUAGGGAUUAUCCCCAGCACAUUAUAAAAGCACCAGAUAUUCGUCUCUCCCCAGGGCUGUGUUUUCUGCUGAAUUGUCUUCUGCAUCCAAGCAUUAAUUUGCUGCGAGCAUCAAGUCUCUCAAUAAUUUGUCAUUGGUUUCAGGAAAAGUUUUUAAAAAUGUGUAGAAAGAAUCUUUCUACCACUUGUCAUGUAAUGAUGGGUUUUCUGACUCUUUUUCUAAUUGAAGCAUCUCCGCAGCCUAAUGAAUGCCCUCAGCUAUGCGUUUGUGAAAUCCGGCCAUGGUUCACGCCACAGUCAACAUACAGAGAAGCAGCUACAGUGGACUGCAAUGAUCUUCGGUUGACCAGAAUUCCUAGCAACCUUUCUGCUGACACCCAGGUGCUUUUGCUUCAGAGCAACAAUAUUGCCAAGACAACUGAUGAAUUUGAGCAAAUGUUUAACCUCACAGAGUUGGACCUCUCUCAAAACAAUUUUACUAAUAUUCAAGAUGUAGGUCUAACCAACCUGACACAUCUGACCACUCUGCAUCUAGAGGAGAACCAGAUAGCAGAAAUGCCUGAUUACUGCUUGCAGGAUCUUGCCAAUCUCCAGGAGCUGUAUAUCAAUCACAACCAGAUUAAUAGCAUAUCUGCAAAUGCCUUUUCUGGCUUAAAGAAUUUGCUGAGGCUUCACCUAAAUUCCAACAAGCUAAGAGUGAUUGACAGCCGUUGGUUUGUGUCUACACCAAAUUUGGAGAUUCUCAUGAUUGGAGAAAACCCAGUAAUUGGCAUCCUAGAUAUGAACUUCAAACCUCUCAGCAAUUUGCGAAGUCUGGUUUUAGCUGGAAUGGAACUCACAGAAGUUCCUGGGAAUGCUCUGGUAGGAUUGGAUAGUUUGGAAAGUCUCUCAUUCUACGACAAUAAACUGGUAAGAGUGCCCCAACUUGCCCUUCAGAAGGUCCCAGCCUUGAAAUUCCUGGAUUUAAACAAGAACCCUGUACACAAAAUUCAAGAAGGUGACUUCAAAAACAUGCUUCGUUUGAAAGAACUCGGUAUUAACAAUAUGGUUGAACUUGUUUCAAUUGACAGAUAUGCACUGGAUAACCUGCCUGAACUUACAAAGUUAGAAGCUACAAAUAACCCUAAACUCUCGUAUAUUCAUCGCUAUGCAUUUCGGGAAGUUCCAUCCCUUGAAAGUUUGAUGCUUAAUAAUAAUGCAUUAAAUGCUCUGUAUCAGAAGACUGUUGAUAACCUUCCCAAUCUACGUGAAGUAAGUAUUCACAGCAACCCAAUCAGAUGUGACUGUGUUAUUCAAUGGAUGAAUUCAAACAAAACAACCAUUCGAUUCAUGGAGCCCCAGUCCAUGUUUUGUGCUUUGCCACCUGAAUACAGAGGGCAACAAGUGAAAGAAGUUCUCAUGCAGGAGACAGCCGAACAGUGUCUCCCAAUGAUUGCACAUGAAACCUUUCCAAAUCACCUGAACGUAGAUGUUGAUAUGACCAUUUCCUUAGAUUGUCGUGCCAUGGCAGAGCCUGAACCUGAAAUCUAUUGGGUGACACCACUUGGAAGUAAAAUCACAGUUGACAUCCUGUCAGAUAAAUAUAAAUUGAGUAGUGAGGGAACUCUUGAAGUUUCUCACAUUCGCAUUGAGGACUCUGGCCGUUACACUUGUGUUGCUCAGAACUCUGAGGGAGCUGAUACAAGAGUUGCAACCAUUCGAGUUAAUGGAACCCUACUAGAUGGAACUCAGGUUCUGAAAAUAUAUGUGAAGCAAGCUGAGUCCCACUCUAUCUUAGUUUCAUGGAGAGUGAACUCAAAUGUCAUGACUUCCAAUUUGAAGUGGUCUUCAGCUACUAUGAAGAUUGAUAACCCUCACAUUACAUACACUGCAAGGGUUCCUGUAGAUGUUCAUGAAUAUAACCUGACUCAUCUUCAACCUUCAACAGAAUAUGAAGUCUGUCUUACUGUCUCUAAUAUCCACCAGCAGACUCAGAAAUCAUGUGUCAAUGUUACGACAAAGGGAGUGGCAUUCUCACUGGACAUUUCUGACCAGGGAACGAGCACAGCUUUAGCAGCUGUAAUGGGUUCAAUGUUCGCCAUCAUUAGCAUUGCCUCAAUAGCUGUUUACACUGCCAAGCGCCUCAAGCGGAAAAACUACCACCAUUCACUGAAGAAGUAUAUGCAGAAGACCUCUUCCAUUCCCUUGAAUGAGCUUUAUCCACCACUUAUAAAUCUAUGGGAGGGGGAUAGUGAGAAGGAAAAAGAUGGCUCUUCUGAUGUGAAACCCACGCCCGUUGACACAUCAAGAAGCUACUAUGUGUGGUAACUCUGGAGGAAAUUUGCUUCUAGUUAAAGGGAGCACAGAUACUUAUUUUGCUUUUUUCUGCAAAAAUGAAAGUUCUGAACUUUUUGUAUUUUGACUUUGCUAACCUCUGGCAGAGCUGUGAGGACAGGUGGAUAUUUCAAAGACCUAUUAGUAUAGCGUAUCGCCUUUUGUUCAACAUUUAAAACAAAAAUAAAAGGGCAGCUCCAGUUAUCUUGCAAAAUGUCUCAGUUGCUGUGCUUGACUACUUAUUUCUGUCUCUACUACAGAACUCUCAAUAAUUGGUGACAAUGCAAGUCAUCCCAUGUUUUUAAAGAAGUGAUGAGCCUUCUGAGGUAUGCUCAUUUUAGUAGAAGCUGUUAACCUUAACUGUUGGGCACUGAUCCACUUCCCAUGUUAUAGUUUUUUUUAGAAUAUUGAAGCUGACAUAUGGAAUUAGAACCCAUUCAUUCUUCUAUUGAAUGCUGUUAGCCAACUAAACUGUAUUGUUGUAUCAACUAUAAUUUGCUCUCUUUGGAACUUGAAAGCCCAGACACUUGUAAAUUUAAUUUGCCUUCUUUGCUUGAAUUAGUUUUACAAUUUACCUUAGACAGAUGUGUGGUUAAUGUUUAAAAACAAUAAUGAUGUAACGUGCUUUUAAAAACUGCAACAUUUUAAAACAAAAAAAAAUACUUUUGGUGAUUUAUUGAGGGACUUUAGCUGCCAGGUUUUUUCUGAAUGUCUCUCUAAUUGCAUUUAGUAUCAAUGGUUUAAAUGAUGAAUUUUAUUGUGAAACGUAUAGUGUAAAAUGAGAACAAAACUAUAAUAAAUUAGUUUUGAGCUUGA